GAGGUGCUUAUCUCUUCCCCAAGGCCGUAGGAGUCUGGCAGGUUCAGUCCAGAGUCUGUCUGCCGUGACGCUGGACCAGAAAGACCAACAGAAGGAUCGGAAGGAGAGUGUAGAGUCGACAGACCCCCCAGACCGCCCUCCUAAACUGGUCACCCGUCGGAGAUUGGACAGAGCGGACAAGAUGGAGUCCUCCAGCAACGGAUACCAGAGACCAGGAUCAGUGGUUGCUGCAAAAGCCAUGCUGUUCGAAAACUGCCCUUCAGCGGCGCAGACCACACCUGUUGGAAGAGACGCCAAGGCCAUGUACUCCUGUGAGGCAGAACACAGCCAUGAGCUCAGCUUCCCACAGGGGGCUCUCUUCUCAAACGUGUAUCCAUCUAUUGAACCUGGCUGGAUCCAAGCAACGUUCCAGGGAAAGACUGGCCUGAUCCCUGAGAACUAUGUGGUUUAUCUCUAACAACAAACGGACUGCUCCAAGACCUAAACAUCCCAAACGAACCUUGAUCAUUUCAUGGUAUCCAUGGUAACAAUAAUCUGUAACGUGAUUGUUGUGAAGGCCAAGUUUCCCCAUUGAUCAGACAUGUAGAUAUGGGAACGUUGAGUAUCGUUCAUAUGCAGUAGAAGGAGCAGAUGUGUGUUUUUAAUCACCUGAAUGAUAUACCUACCUACCUACCUACACCCUUAUCAAGAUGAAUACUUCUGGUCAUGUCAUGCUGCUGGUCCUAUUCUUAUAGGUUAGUGUUGAUAUACUGUAUGUUCCAGGUGGGAUAUGCAGUAAAAACAUACAGGAUUGAUAAUAUACACUGAACAAGAAAUAUAAACUCAACAUGUAAAGUGUUAGUCCCGUGUUUCAGGAGCUGAAAUAAACAACCAAUCCCCGAGA